CCUACCCAGAAGUACCGUCCGUCAUCAUCAUCAUCAUCAUUUGUACCAGGCAUCAAGAACCACAUGCUCUUACACCAUCGCCUCCCGCUGCUAUUGUCACCAUCUCGUGAGUUGUGCACACUAUCUAUACACCAUCUCCUCAAACCGACGGCUGUGCCCUGUACCACAAUUGUCGAUGAUGUCGCUUCUCCAACCUCUUGGCUGUUACCCGUGAAGACGCUCCGACGCCUCUACAUCUGAAGAUACAGACCUACACUCCAUCUCGAGGUCGAAAUGGCUCCAGGUGGUACUGGUGAGAAGUUCACCACUGCGGUCACUAUCGUUUCUGGCGUAUUCUCAUUAGCGGCCACUCUUCUUUCCAUCGUCUCGAUAUGGUUUCAACUGAAGAAUUAUCGAAAGCCACUUCUACAGCGCUAUGUCGUCCGUAUAUUGCUCAUGGUUCCCAUCUAUUCCAUUAGCUCCUGGGUCAGCAUGGUGUCACUCAAGGCCGCCGCAUUUCUUGACCCUAUCCGAGAUAUAUACGAGGCGUUUACGAUCUACACGUUCUUUCAACUCCUCAUCAACUAUCUGGAUGGCGAACGAGCCCUUAUUAUAAUGACGCAUGGCCGCGCCCCGGUUCAUCAUUUGUGGCCUUUGAACCACGUUUUACCCAAAGUCGAUAUCUCCGAUCCGUACACGUUCUUAGCCAUUAAGCGAGGCAUUCUUCAAUAUGCCUGGCUCAAACCGAUUUUAGCUCUUACCGCUAUCAUUAUGAAGGCGACUGAUACGUACAAAGAAAUGUAUAUUAGCCUGUCGUCUGGCUAUAUGUGGAGUUCCAUCAUCUAUAAUAUCAGUGUCACCGUCAGCCUCUACUCGCUGGGUUUGUUCUGGGUCUGCAUGCACGACGAUCUAAUGCCAUUUCGACCAGUGCCCAAGUUUCUUUGCAUUAAGCUUAUUAUCUUUGCUUCCUAUUGGCAGGGCUUCCUACUUUCUAUUCUGGUGUGGCUCGGAGCCAUCCCGGACGACGUACCAGACUACACCCAGGACAAUCUAGCGGCUGCUAUUCAAGAUGCCUUAAUUUGUGUUGAAAUGCCGAUUUUUGCCAUAGCGCAUUGGUAUGCCUUCUCGUGGCACGACUACGCUAACAAUACCGUUUCCUCGGCGAGAAUGCCAGUUAAGUACGCCUUGAGAGACUCAUUUGGUGUUAUAGAUCUCAUCGAAGACUCCAAGGAUACCUUUAGAGGUGACAAUUACAGCUAUCGUGUGUUUGAUUCUAGCGGAAAGAUCAUUGCCCAUGAAGAUUCGAGCUCUCGAUUCGCUCGGCUCAAAGACGGCAUGAGAUACAAGCGGGGUGGAGAGGCUAAAUACUGGAUUCCAAAACCUGGUGAGGUGCGAGGGGAAUUGAAUGCAAAUACUCCUCUCUUGAAUUCCAACGGAGGACCAAGCGGUAGUAACGGCCCCUCAAAUUAUACGGACGGUUCCGUUCCAGAAGUUUCAUUAGACCCUGAUGAGGAAAGCCUAUACAGUAAAGCGAGAGAACUAGAGUUUGGUGACUGGAAUUAUCCCGUGAUCACCGCGAAUAUACCAAGCAGGGAUCUCUGGGUGUCUUCAGAACCACGAGUAUAUCAAUCUAGGACUGGCGCCUGGAAUGCCUCAAGAUCCUCAUCGUCAAUAAGCGUGUCCAACAAGCCACCAGCCUUGAAGACAGCAAGCAGGACAAGUUCAGAGUCGAUCGAGACCCAAGACAAAAAGGGGAAACGAAAGCAGUCAAAACCACAGGUUGCUUCUCCUCCAGAACCAACAGUACAAGUUGCCCAAGAGUCUCAAAGUAAAGGGCCACUUGGUGCACCAGUACUUAGCACAAGUGAGCCUCAGAUAUUGGAGGAAGAGGCAGAAGAAGACGACUUGACGGACGAAGUUUCCGAUCAAGACGGACCGAGCCCUGUAUAUACAACGGGGCAAGAAGACGAAUUCCGUAAUGUUUGGGGGCACGAGCAUUUGUAAAUCAUUGUAGCAGAUUUGGUUCAUUUCUUGUUACCUCAUUACUAGAUACCCCGGUACAGUUCAAGCUUUUCUUGUGCAUACGGCUAUUUUUCAUGUACACGUUUUGGUAGCGGUUCAUAAAAAUUACUUGCUCAAAUCACGAAUCUUGUCUCACCCUUGUCAAUGCAUGCAGUUGAGGGAUCUAAGCCAGAUUUUUCUGUUAUUUCAUUGGUUGAAGGUACCAGGCUUCAGUGUUCAACGUUCCGGUCAGGGUC